GGGGCUGCGGCGCGAGGUCCGCGCGCGAUCCUCCAUGGAGACACACUUAGGGGAGGUGAAGCUGGAGAAUGCAGAAGACACUUCAUUCCCACGAGCCCAGUGCAUAUGAUCUCCAGCUGUCUGCGUCAUCCUCACCAAAGAGGGGACGGAAUGGGCCUGCCUUGUGUAGCGUGGACCUUUAGAAUGCAGGUGACCUGGGGGCCCUUCUCCAAACACAUCACUCUGUGGAUUGGAAUUCAUGGUUUCUAAGUUACCGAAUGGCGGCUCUAUAACAAAAGCAUUGCCUUAGACUCACCUCAGUGGUUUUCCUGCUAAAGUCUCUCCUGCAACCUCGGGGCUGACGGUGAACCCGUCUCAAAGGGGACUGCACACCCAGGCCACCAUCACUCUGCUGUGCUCAGCUCCUGGGUGGUUUGCAGUGACAGCAAGCACAUUGGAAUUUGUGUCCCUGAGAAGUUAUUCGUCUUUGUGGUCAACCUGUUGAAGAAAUGGAUUUGGAUCAAUUGGACCUGAAUCCCAGAAUUAUUGCUGCAGUUAAGAAAGCCAAACUGAAAUCAGUGAAGGAGGUUUUGCAUUUUUCUGGACCAGACUUGCAGAGACUGACCCGCCUCCCCAGCCUUGACGUGCAGCACCUGCUGAGAACGGCCUCCUCGCACCUGCAGGGGACAUGCGUCUGCACAGCGCUGCAUCUGCACCAGCAGAAGCAGAGGUUCCCCGCACAGCACCAGCGCCUGAGCCUGGGCUGCCCCGUGCUCGAUGGGCUUCUCCGCGGCGGCCUGCCCCUGGACGGCCUCACCGAGCUGGCCGGCCCCAGCUCCUCCGGCAAGACCCAGCUGGCGCUGCAGCUCUGCCUGACUGUGCAGUUCCCACGGCAACACGGAGGCCUGGAGGCCGGGGCCGUGUACAUCUGCACGGAAGAUGUCUUCCCCAGCGUGCGCCUGCAGCAGCUCAUGGCUCAGCAGCGGCGCCUGCGGACAGAUGUGCCGGGAGAUGUGGUCGAAAGAAUAAAAUUUGGCAACCAGAUCUUCAUUGAGCACGUGGCCGACGUGGACACCCUGCUGGAGUGUGUGAGAAAGAAGGUGCCCGUGCUUCUGUCUCGGGGGGUGGCCCGUUUGGUGGUCAUCGACUCCGUGGCCGCCCCAUUCCGCUGUGAGUUUGAUGGAGCGGCCUCGGUCCCCAGGGCCAGGCGUCUGCAGGCCCUGGGGGCCGCUCUGCGCCGGCUGAGCUGCACCUUCCAGAGCCCGGUGCUGUGCAUCAACCAGGUGACAGAGGCCACAGAGGAGCAGGGCACGGCACCUGGGCCACAGGGUCAACGCAGAGGGAGUGCGAGGGACUCCUGGGACCACGUCCUGCUGACACGGCAGCUGCGGAGCAGCCGGCCAGGUCAGCCGCGGGUUCUGGCCGAGACUUCCGCGCCCUGCGGGCACGGGGGGCUGACGACUCCCACACCCAUCGCUGGGUCAGGAUGUGCUCGAGGGUGUUGGCUGCACCUCCUCCACGGCAGGGAGGCAGGGCACACAGAUGAGCUGCCCGCCGAGGCCUCCCCACAUGCCCCAUGCCCCCCGUGCUCCCCAUGCUGCCUGGCACAGUGGGUCCGGGACCGACCCCCUCACCACAGCUCACGCUCUGCCAGGCUCUGCCCUAAGUAACUCCUCCACGUUGAUGCAAGUCUUCUCCACCGCCCCUGGGAUGGGGAGCUGCCAUCCUUGGUCUCAGUGACACUGAGGCACAGAGCAGUCCAGUGACUUGGCCAGCCUCCCCGUGGCUCCAUGAGCCAGACACCGACCCCGGGCUGGUGCCGGGAAGAGAGGCACACGCCCGACCCAGUGCUGGGGGUGGAGGCAGAGGUCCCUGGAACUGGGCAGACUGUUUGAACAUUUUCUAGAGCAGAAACAUUCAUUUGUAAUUUCUAUUGCCUGGUUAAAAUAUUCUGUGGCCCUCAAAAGGGUAAGAAUGGCUAUAAUAUAAACAGGAAAAAGGUCUUUUAGGGCUGCAAUUUGAUAAAAGCCUUUCUGCAAGUGCAGAUUCUUCACACUAGGAAAUAAACCAUUUUAUUUUUGUAAUUAAAUAAUAAACAAUCCCAAAUUAUUUUCUAGGCAGAUCACACUAACAGUGAGGAAACUACAAGACAGAGUGUACACGUGGCAGACCCCUGGGGGGAUGCACACCAGUGCUGGACCCCUGCCCACCCAUCCCAGAGGGACACCCCUGCAGCAGGGCGGUCUCUCUGUGACACCCUCCGUCCCAUGCACUCCUCAGCACUGUCAGGCCUCGCAGACCUGGUGUGUGCCCCCCCCCCGAGGGUUCUCCCCUAGGACGAUGGGGACAAAUGUGGAACAGUGCGUGUCUUUAGGCCUAUCCCAGUCACGCACAGGAUGCCGGUACACCCUGAUGAGCCGCCCUCCGCUCAUGGGAACCUCACCCUCUGUCGCUGCUCUUCCACUUUAUAGAGUUUUCAGAAGUUUGAAGACCAUACAGUGCACUGCUCAGAAAGAAGUGCAAAUAUAAACAUCUCAGAAUAUAGCCUCAUCUAUGCCGCGUGCUUCCCAAGAACAUUCUAUAAAGUUAUGACGAUGGGCAAUCUGUUCUAUAAACUGUAAACAAUGUAUUUUUUUAGCAAUAUUUAUGUUACCAUAAACACUAAAUUUCUCAUUACAUGCUAUUUCUAGCAGCUUUCUGAACAAACAAAUGAUAGGAACUUUUUAAUUCCAGGAAACAACAGACUCCCCCCAAUACUGUAAACACAAAGCAAGCACCACAGAGACAGCCCACUGGCCCCGUGAACUGCCGGGUCGGCUGCGUGGGCAAGAGCCGGGAGGGUCAGGAGGCCCAGGCCUGCCACAGCCUCCACCGUG